AUGUCAACCAAGUCGCGGGCCUCUACGGGCCGUUUCCGCAAGGGGACAAAACUGGAUUCCGCCAACUCGGGCAGAUAUCACAUCCAACAUCGAAUCACGGAGGCAACGAAACCGGGAUCGAAAAUCGAAUACUACCGCGCAACCCGCCAAGGGUCGCCGCAGAAGUUCACCACCAUUGUCGUAUUCCCAGACAAAAAGCAGUUUGACCGGCAAAUCAGCCUUGAGGAGCCUUUACCGCGCUUUGCGAAUGUCACUGCCAUCCUCGACACCGUUCCGGAACACAAUGCUGUAGUUUACCCGACCUGUAGUGGUAAUCUAUGGCAGUUGAUUGAGGCCCAGGACAUGAUCGACCCGUCCCAAAACCCGACCCGUCGCUCAAGACAGGACAUCCUGCGCUGCGCCUUGCAUGGUCUUGUGCAGCUUCAUGACCGCCUCAAGCCGAACAAUGUCACUUAUAGAAUGAGAAUAGGCAGGAUGACACCAACUGUGCUUAGACGGGAGGGCGUCUCGGUGGACGCGACGCAAAUCGGAUCCGUCAGACUCCAAGAGGCCCUGGAUGCCGUCGUUGUGCCCCCUGGCGGAUGGCACACACCAACUCGCGCCAUCAGCCGCGGGAUUUGGCAAAGUCCCGAGGUCUGGUGCGGUGCUCGGUACAAUCAAUCGUCUGAUAUAUUUUCCUUUGGGACCGUGCUGAUCUACGCCAUGACGAACAAACCGAUGAUAUGGUCGUGGCCUCCGGAAAGAGAUCCUCCAAGCGGCGCUGAUAGAUGGUACUAUACCCUGCGUCAACAUAUCGGCCUCUUCGGGAACCCAGAGUCUCUGCAGGGCCUCCUAGCGCAUAUUGGCGAGGACAACAUUUGGCAUCGGCGUCUGACCGAAUUGAUCGACCAAGAAAAAUCUGCUCCACUCACCAUGAGGAGACCAUUGUCGGUAUGGGGAAACAAUACCCUGCAGUUAGAUUUGCUAGAUCUCGCCAUGAAGAUGACGGACCUGGACCCCACGAAGCGGAUCACUGCGCGCGAGGCGUUGGCCCAUCCUUGGUUCGGGAGCAUUGAAUCAGAUGAGCCUCCAGCUGUUAGCAGAUGGCUUGCCAAUGAGCGCGAGUCCCAGCUUAAGGCGAAGAAGAUCCCCGCCUUUCGAAUGCCAGAGAGUCCAGUAUAG